AUGAAGGUCACCUUCAGAGAUCUGAAACAGCAAAAGUUCACCCUUGAAGUCGAGCCCACCGACCUGAUCUCUGCCGUCAAGGAAAAGAUUUCGGCCGAGAAGGGAUGGGAGCCCAAACAUCAGAAGCUCAUCUACUCCGGCAAGAUUCUCAAGGAUGAGGAGACGGUCGCCUCGUACAACAUUGAGGAGAAGGGCUUCGUUGUCUUCAUGGUGAACAAGCCCAAGGAAAAGCCAGCCACCGCCGCGUCCUCGGCCGCCGCUCCCCCCGCGACGCCGGCCCAGCCCGCCACAGGCACUCCCGCCAUCCCAGCUGCUCCCAGCCAGUCGUCCGCCCAAAGUACUGCUCCCCCUGCCACACCAACUCCCAACCGCAGCACCGAUGCCGCGGCCCCCGCAGGCGGCGACUCGGCCGGCCUCACCAUGGGCGCCGAGCGCGCAGCGGCCAUUACCAGUAUGGAGGCUAUGGGCUUUGAGAGAAGCCAGAUCGAGGCCGCCAUGCGUGCUGCCUUCAACAACCCCGACAGAGCCGUCGAAUACCUCUUGACAGGUAUCCCCGACAACAUCCAGCAAGAGCAGCAGGCUCGCCAGGCUGCUGCCGCCGCCCCCACCCCGGCUGCUCCCCAGACUACACAGUCACAGACCGGUGGCGACGAGGAGGGCGGGGGCGUCAACCUGUUUGAUCUCGCCGCUCAGCACGGUGGCUCUGGCGGAUCGCGUGGCGGCAGCGGCGACGCCAGCGGCGCCGCGGCUGAGCUUGGAAACCUGGACUUCCUGCGCACUAACCCUCAGUUCCAACAGCUCCGCCAAGUUGUACAACAGCAGCCCCAGAUGCUGGAGCCUAUCCUGCAACAGCUCGGUGCCGGCAACCCUCAGCUGGCCCAGCUCAUCGCCUCCAACCCAGACGCUUUCCUUCACCUCCUCGGCGAGGAUGCCGAAGACGACGUACCCCUACCUCCUGGCGCCCAGGCCAUCUCCGUCACUGAGGAAGAGCGCGACGCUAUUGAGCGACUUUGCCGCCUCGGCUUCGACAGAGACCAAGCUAUCCAGGCUUACUUUGCGUGCGAUAAGAACGAGGAGCUUGCCGCCAACUUUUUGUUCGACCAGCCCGAAGACGAUUCGCCACCCGCGACCCAAUAA